ACUAACCUCGAAAACGAUACAAAUCUACUAGAGUAAAUGGUUCAGGGAAAUCCCAAUUGUCUCCAUGAAGUACGAAGAAUUGCGAUGGUUUCGACACUGGUAUUUGUUUUUUGCGGCCCUGAGGGUUUUUUUGGUAAUGGUGCCGCAAACGGGAUACAUACAUCCUGACGAAUAUUUUCAGUCUCUCGAAGUUUUAAUAGGAAAAAUUUUUGAUGUUGAAAAUAACCCUCCCUGGGAGUUCAACGCCACUUUGCCGAUUCGGAGUAUGGUGAUUCCCUACUUUACAAUUGGAAUGGGUUACAUCUUUCUCAGGGACGUAAACAACCUGACGAUGAAACAUUUAUCGUUGAAUGUAAUCCAGCCCUAUUUUCUGCUAGUCGUUCCGCGAUUUUUAAUGUGCGCCUUAUCGUUUGUGGUGGAUUAUUGCUUGUACAAGAUUUGCUUGAACAAUAACGAACCGUACAAGGCUAGAUUUUUAAUUAUGAGCAGUUCGUACGUGAUUCUCGUUUAUGGUUGCAGGACGUUUUCCAAUACCUUCGAAAUGGUUUUAUUCUCAGCAUUGUUAUAUUUCGUAAGCGAAAGUCUAACAUUUUCAAAUAUUUUGUCGCGCAAAAGAGAGUAUAUCAACUAUAGAUACGACAAAAGUGAAACCUUGCAGGAAAAGGCCAAGUUCCACAAGUUGAAGCUCUACUUAACUUCCGAUUCAUACCGGAAUUGUUUAAUUAUAAGCACUGUUACUGUGAUCGGCUUUUUCAACAGGCCCACCUUUCUAGCUUUUGCCGUCAUGCCCGUUUUCUUCUGGAUAUAUCGCGGUUUCGGGAGCAAAUCGACCAUAUUCAUGCAGUUCCACACGAGAAUUUUAUUUUUUGCCUUGUGCUGUUUGCCCACGUUUAUAUUCUUCAUCCUAGUGGAUUCGUUUUAUUACGGCUACAUCACCUGGGGAGAAAUCGGCGUACUAGACGUCUCUAUUAAUAAUUUUGUGGUCACCCCGGUCAAUUUUCUGAAAUACAACUCAAAUAGUCAAAAUUUGGCGGAGCACGGGUUACACCCGAGAUUUUUACAUUUUUUAGUAAAUGUCCCCCUGUUAUUCAACGUCCUGGGGAUCGUCGCACUUUGCAAGAUCGCAGAAUACGUUUUUUUGUGCUUCAGAAGAAAUUUUCAACGACUGCCAUCUAUUAGAAGUAUAAGAUGCUUAAUGACGGCUUCAUUUCUGGCGCCCGUUUCGCUUCUGUCUAUAUUCCCACAUCAGGAGCCGAGGUUUUUGAUACCCAGCGUUCUCCCGUUGGUCUACCUUCAUGGUAAGACGAUUUUACCGGAACCGGACGAUGCCUUGGCGAAAAUAUCCGAAGGAGCACCACCGACUACUCACGUCAAAAAAAGCCGGCAAUUUGUACUUUUUCGCCUGUGGAUCCUGGUCAAUGUACUUUGUACGUUGUUCUUUGGGUUUUUGCACGGAGGCGGUGUGUAUUCGGCGGUGUCUUAUUUAGAAAAAGAUUUAAGACUCGCGCCUAUCAGUACAGAAUUUCAUAUUUUAACUAGUCAUAUUUACCCGUUGCCCGAGUCGUUUUUGCUGCAAAAGGCGAGCAAUAAGCUGUACACUUCGGGGAACUUGAAAUACGCCGUUAACAAACGCACGUAUUUGUACGAAGAAGGAUCGAAAGACCUCGACGUUUUGAUUGAUAAAAUUGAAGUUAUCAAAUCGGCGACGAUCAAGCGGGCAGUCAAAAAUUUUAGGAUUUAUUUGUUGAUUCCCAGCAGCCUCAGAAAUAGCGCGGGUUUCCUUCUUAACGAACGAUCGAUUCAUCACGUGGAACUGGAAAAUUUUCAGCCCCAUCUGAGCGUCGAAGCUUUUCCCGAUCUUUCAAACAUAUGUACCGAGUUCACGUCGAUCUUUUACAAAGAAUGCCGUAGUCUGCCGGUGGGGUCUUAUUUAAUGGAAGUGCUUAAAAGCUUUCAGCUUUUGUUGCUCGAGAUCAAAUAACUAACGAUUGUAAAUAAAAACCAAAGAGAGGCGAUCCGUUGUUUUGAUAAAGGGUAAAUAAUUCCAAUCCGAAAACUGUCAGCUGUCAUACGAAAACUGUCAGCUGUCAUACGGCGAGAUCUUAAAAUUUCUUGUUCAUAGCCUACGUUAAUUUUCUAAUGGUGCCGACGAAUUAGAACGCAGCAGAUAGAUCCGAAUAUUACCCAGGAUAUUUUCUUUAAUUUUGCCUUACUUCUAACUAUUAACUUAUCUAAAUUUUGUGGGUUUUCCCCGAGGAAACUCUCAAAAUCCGCACAUUCGACUUUAGUGCAACCUUGACACUUUACCCAUUCUUCACCUCUGACAUCCUCGGGGAUGGUAAUUCACGGAACAUGCAAACUGAAUAUGUGCUGAAAGAUUUUAUUCGCGCAUAUGAUAGCCCUUGGGGCAUUCUCGAAGACAGCCCUGUAUGCUUUGCAAGAAAUCCCGAAAGCCAUUUCUUCCCAACUCAGUCUUUAGCUUCGUUAAACUUACAUAGGUUAAAACAUCUUUUUUGGUUAUGCCGUCCGUUUAAGAAAAAUGGUUCCGUUUACGGAGAAAAUGCAAUUUUCCUACCUGAGUCUUCAGGAUAUUCUGGCAUUUUAACAUACUUCGUGGUUUUUAAAUGAAUUUUCAAAUAAAUCGGCGGUGGUGUCUUCAUGGUAAUCCAGACAAGAAUCUUUAAUGCUUUUCGCAGACAGAGAAAGUCCAUUUGGAAUCCAACCAUCUUUAGAGCCAGCAUGCAAAAUAGUUAUUCUUUUACCUCUUUUUGAUGGCGCGUUUGUUUUACACUUAUCAAUUGAGUAAACCAACCCUUUUCCGGGGUAUCAUAAGUGUCGAACCACGUUUCGUUCAAGUAAAUAAUUGUAAUUUUUUCUAGAUAUUCCAGUCGUCAUUUCCAAAUUCUAAAAGAUUCCAUUAAAACUUUCCUUUUGUCAUUUUUUUUAAAUCUAAGAAAGUUUUUUGGUUUCAUUUUUUUUUAUGAAUAAUUUAUUAUACAUUGUAUUUGUUGGAUUUAUAAUAAAUGUGGCCAUAUGUUUGUGCUAGUUUCUGUUGUGAUUGCUUGACAUUAAUCCACUGUAAAAGGUGAAGAGGAAACGUUGUUGAAUAGAACCUAACCUAACAUGAGAGUGUUAAUUUAAAAUCAAUGUAUUCAUUAUUAAUAACGUUAUUUUAGUUUAAUACAUCCGCGUGUUCAUAAAUUCACAAGUUUCAUUCGUGUUUUUGGGUGAAAACUAACAAGAACCUCAAAAAAUUGCCAAAGCAACUAAUCAGGACAAAAAAAGCUUUAAGCCCUACACACAGGAACUAAGCAAGAGCAUUCCUAAGUUACAAUCGUAUUUUUAGUCGUCAGUAGUCAGUAGUCUGUUUUGUUUUGUUUUGUGUAGUCCAUUUUAAUACCUCAGAAUUGCGAAAAGUAGCUCUGCAGAUUUUAGCUUCGAACCCCUCAAACAAUACAUAAGCAGGCAUUGAGUAGAAAGCCAGCCAGUUUCAGUUAGUUUGAUUCAUCAGCAACUGACGCAAGAGGAACCCAAAUUAAAACACAAAAUAAGCACAUCCACGCCUAUUCACAAACCUAUCAGUUCUCACAAAUACCAGUUAUGGCAUAAUUUUCACCCAUAGGGUCCUCUUUAAUUAAUGAAUUGAAAUUUGCUGUAAGCGAUCCGAUAUUUAUGUGACAAACUUUAAAAACAC